AUGCCUACCGACUCCUUGUCAGCCGCCGUCGUAGUGUCGUCGGGCAAAGAUGAAAUCACCGAGAAAACCACAGGGGCGGUCUCACCCGCCACGGAAGUGAAAUCCUUGGAUUCUCGAAAUCUGACCAUAGUACCUCGGGGAGAUGCUGGGUCAGUACCAGACCUAGACCUAGGUCAGGUCACCGGUGUCGACGAUGAUGCCGUUCUUGACGCGCGACGGGCUUUCACAGCUGAAGAGGAAAAGCGACUGAUCCGACGAAUAGAUUGGCGUCUUCUUCCUUUGUUGUCCAUCUUGUAUAUGGUCAAGACUAUUGAUGCUGCGAACGUGUCUAAUGCGCGUAUUAUGGGCCGAGGCACCCCUUACAACAUCAUGACCGAGCUUGGUAUAAGCUCGAAUCAGUACAACUUUGUCACCACUGCAUACUACGUAAGUUGA